CUCAAGCUGCACUUUCCACGGGAAAAAUAGCAUCUGCUCGAACCAAAGGAACGCCAGGCGAAAAUCCGCUUCCCUCGCUCCGUCACUCUCCGUUUCCCACGAGCUUGGCGCGAAAUCGACAUGGACGACCACGGGGGGAUCCCACCUCCACCUCCUCCUCUGCCUCCGCCCCCUUCCUACGCCCCUCCUGCUCCGCCUCCCCUCCUUCCAUCGACACAAGGGUCGGAAGAUCUGCAAUUUGGGGAAGGUCAGGAGAUCUGGCAAGAAACAGGCACCACCAAGAGUUGUUCUAGAGCCAGCUGGAAUCACAAGAUGAAGUCAUAUCUUAUUUGGCUCUUGAAAGAACAUGAUGUGCCGACAUAUCGAACACGAAAUGCAUGGAGCAAAGAGGCUUGGAGAAGGAUUGUGGAUGCAUUCAAUACACGAUUUGGUUUAUCACUCUCAGUAACUCAGGUCAAACAAAAGGAGCAGGACCUGAAGAAAGAUUUUAAAGCUAUAAGAGACUUGAUAUCUGAAAGUGGUUUUGGCUGGGAUCGUGAUACGAUGAUGGUGGUUGCUCCUGAUAGUGUUUGGGAAGAAUUAAGGGCACGUAAAAACAAAGAUGCCCUCCGAUGGCAAGACAAGUCAUUCCCAUACUAUUAUGAUAUAUUUGCUCUAUAUGACGGGCGCUAUGCUCAAGGAAGGAGUUGCCAUGGCACCGAUAAUUAUGCGAACAAGGCCCCACAUAUAUCGAUGGAACCUCCAGAAGACCUACAUAGAAAUCGUCAACCACCUCAUUCUGCUCCUGAGCCUACUAGUGCUAAACGGGCAAAAAGACAGAAGACGAACUCUAAUCUUGAUGAUUUCCAGGAGAGGUACCUGAGCUUCAAAAGAGAAGAAAUGAAUCGGUUUGCAGCCAUUGAGGAGAGGAAAUUGGAGGAUCCCUAUAGCAUACAAACAUGCAUUGCUACACUUGAAGGGUUGCCGGAUUUACAAACGGAAGAUAUGCUAAAAGCAGCUGACCUCUUCACCGACAACAAGGACAACAGGGAAGUGUUUCUCUCCUUUUCAUCUAAGGAAUUACGGCUGAGCUGGUUGAAAAGAAAAAUUCAGAACACCUAGUGUAAUGGCUAUGGAAAUACGCCCCGUGGAGAAGGCUUUUGUGUUAAGGUGGUAGGCUAGGAAAAGGGUAUGCGAAGUUGCUGUAGUACUACUAAUGCAAUGUUAAUGGUAGCAAAUUAUCAUGUAGUGCUAAGGUGCUAGGCUAGGAAAGGGUCCUUAACUUUUGUGUAUGUGUUCCUGGACAGAUGUGCUAGUACUGAUGCAAUGUUAAAUGACACUUGAUCACAAUCCUUUUGAUUGAAUAGAACUAAUUGCAGUACAAA